AUAUGGAGGGUGAUUUGCAAGUAAUGUCUACAGGAACAGUGUGUGGAGAAAGCUCUGCUAUUGCUACUUCUAUUAUUCGGAUCGACAGUUUUACCAUCUCAAUGGCUCAAGGCAUAGCUUUAACAUUCAAUGUCCCCCUAGAUGGUGAUGGUAACGUUUGUCUCAGCAGCGAUCAGUAUAUAAUGUCGGAUAAUUACGCUCCUGCUACAUCUAAUCUACAUCAAGGAAAUCGCUGGAAGUUUUCAUCUUGUAGUGUGGAUCAGUUCAAAUCUGCAUUUUCUGGUGGCCUAGACCUCAGCUGUCUGCAGGUGCAUGACUCGGUAUUUGACUUUGAUGCAUACGAAGAAGCUGCAUACAUCAGUGAAUUGCUCACCGUAGACGAACAGUGCGUGCUGCGGUACGAAGCUGGGUCUACUUUCUGUGACGAUGCCCUCGGGAAUACAGUAGAUUGUUAUAGUUCAACACAAGGUUGUACAGUUUCUGGAUCAUGCUCACCAUUCACUGUCCCACAGCUGACACCAUGUGAUACAGGGGAAACUGCAGGCAACUAUCUUUGCAGUUUUGGAUUCUGUAUUUCUAUAAAGUCAUCUGUAACAGAGGAAUCUAAUUCAUCUACCAGCACCAGCUCCACAACAACGACGACACAAGCUCCACUUCCACCUGUUAGAUCUACCAUGAUAUUCUUUUCAAGCAGUUUGCGGACGACAAGUUCCACGCAAUCUACGACGACAAAUGCGGACGCCUUACAGACAACCACCGGAGAAAUUGAUUGUACUCCUGAAAUAAGCUAUGAGUACUAUAAUUUACCUGGUUGCAGUUGCUCAGGAUGUAAUGUCAAAAAUGAAAAGAACAAUGAUGAUUGUUUGAAGUCUCCAGAUUGCAUUGGUAAAAAGGUUAGGGUGGCUACUAGGAUUAUACCAGAGAGCUGCAUUUCACUGUACCAGCCAGGACCUAGGCGGGUUAUAUUGACUGCAAGUGAAGCCGAGAGUACGGAAUUAAAUGCGGAAGUGUUCAAAGGGAAUAAUGGGAAAUGGAAAGUUGAACUUGUAAAGAAUCCUUAAUUGAUUGUUAAAAAAAUGUCUUGAAAUAUUUUUUAAAUAAAAGUUCAAAUGAUGACAUUUAAAUAAAGUUGCUCGUGAUACAUUUUAACAUGUUUUAAAAAAAACUUUUGUUCACCAGAGUCGACAUCGGCAUGUUGCUAUUAAAGUUAUGUCGAAAUUAGGAAAAAAUAUAUUAUAAAAGACAACAAUAUGAACUGUAUAUGACAUAAUUAAUGAAGUAGUAGUACAUACAAACAAAUAAAUAGAAAUUAACAGUAAAAAAUCAACUAAUAUCACAUUAAAAGAAUACAAUUAUUAUUAGCUAAA